CGAGAAGACGAACAGAUGGAGUGAUCGAGUCGUUGAGCGAAGAGGGAGAGACUGAUUACUCUUAAAUACUAAGCACCAGAGGGGAAACAAGCCUCCUUCCUGGUGUCAUCACCUUCCUCUUAUUUGGAGACGUCUUGGUGGAUUUCUUGUAUUUUGGUGUUCGUAUACAUUAUUAAUCCGGCACUAAUGAGCUGUGGAAAGGAUGCAGUUAGCUGAUGGAGUGCCUGCUGGGCACACAGAUGGGAUCAGACGCGACGCUCUCACUUCCUCACGCCCCCCAUCACCUUUGUGCCAGGAGCAGGCUCCAAGGGAUCAACCGGAGAGCACGGUGAUAAAAGAUCUUGGGGCACAGGUGGGCACGGGGGUACCGUCAGGACUAAUGACAUGGCUCAUCUAAGAGUUCUGGACUGCAUGGUCAGCCACAAAUGGAGUCGGAUAUGUGACCUUUACUGUGCGUUUAAUAGCCAGGCUAAACAAAAGGACGGUUGUGAGCGCAGCGAGGCAUCGGCUCUGUCUCCUGCCGCUGAAGAGGAGCCCUUCUCAUGGCCGGGGCCGAAAACAUUGCACCUACGCCGUACAUCUCAUGGCUUUGGCUUCACGCUCCGUCACUUCAUCGUAUACCCACCCGAGUCAGCCGUACAAUCCUCUCUCAAGGAUGAAGACAAUAGCUGCAGAGGGAGACAACGGAACAGACUGGAGCCGAUGGACACCAUCUUUGUCAAGCAGGUGAAAGAGGGCGGCCCCGCGCACGGAGCUGGACUCUGCACAGGGGAUCGUAUAGUUAAAGUCAAUGGAGAAAGCAUCAUUGGGAAAACGUAUUCUCAAGUAAUUGCCCUUAUUCAGAACAGUGACACAUCUCUUGAGCUCUGCGUGAUGCCAAAAGAUGAAGACAUUUUACAGCUGUUCUCCAGGGAUAUCACAGCUCUGGCCUACUCUCAAGAUGCAUACCUCAAAGGAAACGAGGCAUAUAGUGGAAAUGCCCAGAACAUCCCUGAGCCACCACCAAUAUGUUACCCACGGAUAGAGCCCAAUGCCUUGGCAAUGGCACAGGUGUCAGAGCCUUCACGCUCUGCUGAGACUUCAUGUGGAAUCAGACAAGGUGUAAAUCGAUGCUUUAAUCCGGACAUAGGUUGCCGCGUUGAUAUCCCUGUAUCUCCCCAUUCCGCAUCCUUAACUCCGCUGAUCCCCAACACCCAAACUGUUGUGCGUGUAUUUAAUGAGAAUGUUAGGACAAUGGUAGCACCACCCGAAUCCACAGACAGAAUUUCACAUGUGGCCUGGGCUGGUCCCAGUCACAGGAAGGAGGACAACCAGUAUGGGGACUCAGCAGACCCAGGCUUUAAUAGGUCCAGUGACCAUGUCACUUUAUCUCCAACUGGGGAAGCACAAUCACAACACAAACCCAACAGAACUGCAGAGUCCACUGGUUUUACUGACACUACCCCUAGAACUCCACAAACUUGCAUAGACACAAAGCCUGUGUCUUCUCACAGACAUAACCUAACCACAACAACAGAAACCUUCCCAUCAGCCUCCUCUCCAACCCCUUACACACCUUCCCCUCCACCUGCCACCCCCUCCCCUUGUUCUCCCCACCAGAACAUUGACUGGAGGAACUACACCACCUACAAGGAAUACAUUGACAACAAACGGAUUUACAUGUACGGCUCCCGGACUAUUCAAGAGCGCCUGGACAGUUUGCGAGCCUCAUCCCCAUCCAGUACAGGUGAAUACAGCAAGCAGAAGAGUGCAUCAACAACAGCUACGCCCUCACGGGGGUUUUCUGGAGCACAGCUGAGACGAAGGAGCGCCUCACAUGAUCGGAGUUAUCAUGUAUCCAGUGUGCUGCCACUGCGUAGCGCCUCUCAGGAAAGGCUUGGUGGUGCUGAUCGGGCUUCUCUAACAGGGAACUGGCCUCGUAGUGCUUCCCAGGAUGCCCUUCCAUCAGUCCCUAUAGGUAUCCCAAAACCUAGAGCAUAUUCUUGCGGCUACCUAAGCAGACAGAAUGAGAAUUCAACAUCCACGUCGGACAGGCAAGCAUGCUGCAGAACUGAAACAGAUGAAUGGCUGCUCUUGCACAGAGGGGACGAGGCAAGAGCAAGCAGGCAGUCUUCUUCCUUACGCAUGGCGCCUCACAGGACACAGGGUGCAUUUAACACAGACAAACGAGGGGGUAGUUACCCAGGUUUGCCCAUCACCCCUCACUUUAGUAGAGGUACAGAGUCUUUGCUUACUUCCAGAGCUGAAAGCCUGGGUAAUACCUCGGCUCCUUCUAUAAAUAGACCCUCACUGUUACCUGCGAAAAAUUAUGUCUCAGACCCUUCCACUGCUGCUGCUUCUUACAUAGCUUCUGCCCUGGCCUCAAUACAAGGCCAAAUGAGUGGUAGCUCCAGCACAGGCCCUGUCAAAGACCAAAGAACACCUCUCACUGCCAACCACAUGCCCCACAAUGCAAAGCAGUUACAGCCCAGGGGGCGGGCUGACAGCCUUCAGGAUCCCAUCAGAGAAGUAGCCCGUGGAGGUCGCUCUUCUUCUUGUUCUGCCGCCUCUAAACCCCAUAGAACAAAGCAGGGUGGAUCCAAGCCCAGAUUCACCAGUAACGGAACAGUUCUUCAGCAACCUAGGUACACAGAACCACAACCCCAAGUCAAUGAGAAGACAGUGGAGGGUAUCGAGGGCCCAGAUGCCACUGUAGUUGUGGUUCGCAGGGAGAAGGCUGGAUCUCAACCUAUCCGCCAUCCUUCCUACAUUCUGGCAGUGAACGAGACAGAGAGAGGGCCUGAACAACCUGCAGAAUCCAACACAUGCUGGCUUCCCAACGAUACCCGUCGAGAAAUGCACAUGAGAAAGCUAGGAGACCAGUGUAAAACCUCCUUCUCAAGCAACCUUGAUGACUCACUGGACUCCAUUCCCUUCAUUGAUGAGCCGUCAAGCUCCAGUAACGACCAUGACACCACACACAUUCCUGCAUCUGCCGUGAUUUCCAGCACACCUAUUAUCACCACCAUCCCACCCAGUCCAACUUCUCCUUCUCCUGUAAUACGCCGACAGCUGUCCCAUGACCAGGAUUCUUUACGACUCACGAUUUUGGAAUCAGAUUCUGGAGCUAAAACGGAACGUUCCAGGUCCUUCGAUGAGGGGUUGGAUAACUACAGAGAAGAGAGAGGGCGGUCGAUUAAACACACCCAUGGAUUCAAGGGACUUAGAAAGGCUGUUGACAGAUGCUCUGAGGACUCUGGCUCCAGGAGAGACUCUACUUCAGAUGUCUUCACUGAUGCCACAAAAGAGGGUCCACUUCAUUUCCGGCAGCUCAACUCAGAUAAGGGAAAGCGUGUUGGAAGUAGCAUGCGGUCGUGGAAGCAGAUCUACGCUGUGCUCCGUGGCCACUGCCUCUAUCUGUACAAGGACAAGAGGGACGGACAAACCAAUGCCAACUCCCAGAUGGAAGAAGAGCCUCUGCCAAUCAGCAUUAAAGCCUGUCUGAUUGACAUCUCCUACAGUGACACAAAGAGGAAGAACGUACUUCGGCUGACAACGUCAGACUAUGAAUACCUGUUCCAGGCGGAAGAUCGUGAGGAAAUGCUGUCCUGGAUUCGAGUCAUUCAAGAGAACAGCAACUUGGAUGAAGAGAAUGCAACUUUAACUAGCACAGACCUCAUCAACCGGAAAAUAAAGGAGUACAACACUUUAAUGAGUCCACCCAGCAGUAAGACAGAACCUUCACCCAGAGCGUCCCGUCAGUCCCUGAGCAUCAGGCAGACGUUACUAGGCAGUAAAGGGGAGAAUAAAGCCACAAGCCCUCACUCCCCAAACAAAGACCAUGACAGGAAAGCCAUGCACAAAGAUGAAACCAGUCCACCAAAAGAUAAGGGCACAUGGAGGAAGGGCAUCCCUGGACUGAUGAGAAAGCCAUUUGAGAAGAAAUCGUCUCACGGAAUCACAUUUGGAGUAAGACUAGAUGACUGCCCUCCAGCUCAGACCAACAGAUUUGUUCCUCUGAUAGUUGAAGUGUGCUGUAAGCUGGUGGAAGAACGAGGACUGGAAUACACUGGCAUUUACAGAGUGCCAGGAAAUAACGCCGCAAUCUCCAUCAUGCAGGAAGAGCUCAAUAACAAGGGCAUGGGCGAUAUCGAUAUUCAGGAUGAUAAAUGGAAGGACUUGAAUGUGAUCAGCAGUUUACUCAAAUCCUUCUUCAGAAAACUUCCUGAACCUCUCUUCACUAACGAGAGAUAUGCAGACUUUAUCGAUGCCAACAGAAUAGAGGAUCCUGUAGAGAGACUCAAAGUGCUCAAAAGACUGCUUCACGAGUUGCCUGAUCACCAUUACGAAACACUGAAGUUCCUCUCGGCACAUCUCAAAACUGUGGCUGAAAACUCGGAAAAGAACAAGAUGGAGCCAAGAAAUCUGGCUAUUGUGUUUGGUCCAACGCUGGUGAGAACAUCUGAAGACAACAUGACUCACAUGGUGACACACAUGCCAGACCAGUACAAGAUCGUAGAAACGCUCAUUCAGCAUUAUGACUGGUUCUUCACUGAGGAGGGCGACAAUGAACCUACGACUACAGUCCAGGAGGAGAGUGCUGUUGAGUCCCAGCCUGUGCCUAACAUUGACCACCUGCUGACCAACAUCGGCCGGACAGGCACCUCUCCAGGGGAAGUGUCAGAUUCACCGACCAGUGACUCUGCUAAAUCUAAGGGCUCCUGGGGAUCAGGGAAGGACCACUGCAGCCGCGAGUUCCUUCAGCCACGAGUCUCCUCCAUUUUUGCUGUGGCCAACCGCAAACGAAAGAAGCACAAGGAGAAGCUGCAAGCCAGCAGCUCUGAUGACGACCUUGAUACCUUGUUCACCAAGAAAGAAAACCUAACUCAAAAGCAGAACUGCCAAAACCUGGAGGAGUUGGCAGGCAGGUCCAUCCCCAGCGUAAGACUUGUUGGAGAGAAGAAGAAUGGCAUAAGUGCAGAGUCAACCCCGAAGAACAAAAAAGAGUAUAGAAACUCUUUCUUUAUGAAAGACAAACCCUCUUCGGCUCUCUCCCCCUCACCCAAGCUCUCAUGUUCACCUGGUUUCAGCUGUCGCACCACCAGAUCCACCCUCUCCGAUCCUUCUUCGCAGUUAGAUGAGACCACCUCAGACUUGGGCACCAUGAGUUCUGGAGCCUCCGUACCCAGGACCAGACCUCGGAAAUGGGGCACAACAUCUCCAGCCCCUGAACAAUUACCUGCUCCUGGGGGGGCUUCGCUAACUGCCGAGGUGAGCUCUAUUACUUCAGACUACUCGACCACUUCCUCUACCACCUUUCUGACAGGAAUGGAAUCCAUCACAUUAAGUCCAGAGGUGCAGUCUGUGGCAGAAAGCCGGGAAGGAGACGAGGCAGAUGACGAGCGCAGUGAGCUUAUCAGUGAGGGACGGCCGAUGGAAACCGACAGCGAGAGCGACUUCCCAAUGUUUAGCCCCGGCAUCGCUGUACUAGACAUACCAUCCACAGAAGAUGGCAGCAACAGCACACCCAAGCUUGCUUGCCGCUUGCUGCCCUCCCAUAAGCUCAUAGAAUGCGACUCUCUGACCAGGAGACGAUCCCUUCGACAAAAGACAGACAGCGAUUCAUCUGUGGAGGCAGGGGCUGGUGUUGGCAAUCAAGGGGUAAGCAAAAAUGAAUCAAAUAGACUGUCUCGAGUUCUGGAGGUGAUGAAGAGAGGACGUUCCACCUGCAGCCUUAGUGCCUCGUUGCGUACUGAAUCAGAACGUGUUGAGCCAGCAUGGCAUCUUAAAAUCACAGAGAGACUCAAGUCCCGUCUACGUGCAUCUGCCGAUGACAUGUUCGGUGUUGGUACGCAAAAGACCCGUUCUACAGAGACACGUGGAAAGAAAAAGGGCAUCCGUCGACGGCAUACUAUGGGUGGUCAACGGGAUUUUGCUGAACUAGAUGUCAUUCAUGAUUGGAGGGAACAGGGCGGGGUGGACCAAGGUGCCGAACUGUCUUCUGUGGAGCGCCUCAAACCUAACUGCGACUCUCAGAACGUGUCUAUCCGGGACUGGAUUGCUCGCGAGUGUCAACGAACUGAGGGCUCUCAGGCCAGUCUAGAGUUGAAAGGUCAAGAUGGGAAAGAGACAGAAAUUGAAGAGGCCCAAGCAGGCAGCGCUGAGCGACUGACUCCCCCCGCUUCUUCAUCAUGUCCCCAGUCCAGCUCUGAGCAAGUAAACGGAGGCGCAUCAAAGGGCAAAUCCAGAAACAGUUUGAAUUCUGGAGCUGAUGCUCAUCCUCAGAAAUUGUCAGGAGCCCAAGUGGUGCGCUCACGAUUCUACCAAUACCUUUAAAACUAAAUAAUAAUUUGCAUGUGUGUAAGAGUGUUGUAAUGUGUGUGUAAAGGUCUGUUCAAACCAAAGUGAGUGUUUGGUGUGAAAAAACUGGUAAUGUGUCAGUUUAGACCAGGGCUGGACAACUUCUUGUUUCGAGGAGUUUAGCCCCAACCUUAAUCAAACACACCGGCCAGUAGCUUUGUAGUGAUCUUGAAGACACUGAUUAGUCUGUUCAGGUGUGUUUGACUAGGGUUGGAGCUAAACUCUACAGGACAGUUGUCUUCCUGGUCCAAAGUUGGUCAGUCCCGGUUUACACUGACAUUAACUUUCGCAUGCAAUCCAUGUGACAAAUCUCUUUUUCUUCACAUUAUGAAGAUAGUAAGAUUUGCUCUGUUUGUGACAUGCCUACAGCCACUGCUGUUGCAAAAAUUAUAUGGUGGCCCUCUCAAACACAAUUAUUUUGCUAAAUGGCAGUGAAAAGUAAGAAUCCACAACAAGCACUAUUGUCUGUGUACUUCCUUUUAUUAAAUAAGCAUCGUAGCAAAUAUAAAAAUCUGAAUGGCUUUUUAAAAACUUUUCCAUUUUUUUUUUUGUGACAAGUGGGUGUCAGAAAAGUUGCACAACGCUUUGUGUGUCAGGGUCAUCGCGAUGGAUUUUCUAAAAGCACCCAUCAGAGAGUGAAUUUUCAUUCAACCUGUCUGCAGUUUGUAUGUUUAGACCCAAAAAGACAAAUUGUAUGUAAAAAAAACUGGAUGAAUUUUUGUGCCAAACAUGCAUGUUGGUAUGAACAGGCCUUAAAUUGAAUGAAUGUCCUUAGAGCUAAGGUUACUCCACUUUGAUUUUCCAUCCCGUGUCCUUUUGUUAAACAAAGUAUCUAUAAAUAUGAAUAUAUAUACAUAUAUAUAUAUAUAUAUAUAUAUAUAUAUAUAUAUAAAUAUAAAUUGUAUAUAUCUAUAUGUAUAGGCUUAUAAAAAAGUAACUGGAGUAAUUUUAACAAUUUUGAGUUACCUGACUCAUCGUUUUUGGAUCAGUACUGGAGCUGUUUUUUCGAAACUAGUAAUAUAUGCAUGACGGUGAAGUGGCCUGAUAUUCAGAGGCUGUACAAUACCAAUGUUUACCGACUGCCUCGACAGCACAAUUUUUUGACUUUGACAGACAUGCAUUUGCAGAACUGUUAUUGAAGGAUACUAAUAUCAAAGGAAAAGAAAAGGCGUCUCGUCCAAGGUUAGGACAAAAAAAAAGAAAAAAAAGAAAGAAAGAAAACUCCUGAUGUUACUCAUAUGAAGAAUGUAAUAUGCUUGCUGUUAUACUGACUAACACGUAAAUUGCUUGUUGCAGUUUUCAUUAGUGAAAAAAAUGUAAAUAAUGUCUGUACUUGAAGUAUUUUUUGUUUGUUUGUUUGUUUGUUUGAUUUUUAUUAUUAUUAUUUUGAAGGUUAGCCUUGAUAUGGGCUUUUUUCUGAGCUGUGCGCUGUGGAAAUCCUUUUUACAGUGCAUCAUAACAGCCAGACUUAAAUGUGGAAGAAGAAUGAAGUCUUUUUAUAUUUCUACAGGAUUGUGAAAGUAAGUGCUAAAGUGAAAGCGCCAGAGCCUGAACAUCCGUAGCAGUACCAGGCUUACUGGUAUUGUCAAGUUGAACCAUUUUAAUGCAAAGUACAACCUAACAUCAAAUAAGUCAGAAAAUUACAAGGAAUUCUGUUUCCUUAAAAAAAAGUGCCUCUCAACUGGUUCUGGUGACAGGAAAGGUGCCAUUUCUUAAUUUUGUUGUUUGUUAAUAUGGAAUAUGUAUUGUGAAUGAAUGACUGAAUUUUAUCAGAAUAAAAAAAGAAAGAAAAAAAAUAAAUUUUUAUACAAAACGAUGCAAAAGCGGACCCAGAGCUUCCACUGCUUCGUCAGUUAAUAGUCUUAAGUCAUCUCAUGCUUUGCCACUGGAUUAGUUUUUACCGUGGUCAUUGGAUGCAAUACCUUAAAUGUGUAUUUUUUGUGUGUGUUACCUUUGUCAAAAAGUCACAUAUUCUGUCUGAGCUGACCAGUGUAGUAGACAGCAUGUGAUUCCUCGGGAGAGUAUGCAUGACUUCAUGCUUAUGUGUGCGGAUUUCAUCUUACCUCUGAAUGCUCAUGUGUCUGAAUCCCAACUGCGAAGAAAAAAAACUAAACAAAAAAAACACUGGAAAUAAAUUAUCUUUGUCAGCUUC